UACUCGCCACCUUAGCGCACGUGCUCGUUCAGUUCCGCCUCUUCGCCUCCACGUCCAGUAGGCGGCGGCACAACCGUUGGCCGUUCCCGCCGGGGACUCGGCGCCAUGUUGAGUUGACGCGACGUUGCUAGGCAACGCGGGCCAUCAUGACCGAGCUGCACCAGGCUGCGGCAGCAGGCGACUUCCAUCAAGUACAAGAGAUUCUGAGGCAAAACAGAUGCGACCCCAACCAGAGAGACAUCGACUGGAGCAACAAGACUCCCCUCCACUGGGCUGCGGCUACAGGACAUGCAGAAACAGUCAGGAUCCUCAUUGAGCACGGGGCCAGGCCGUGUCUGAGGACCGAGCAUGGAUGGACUCCUGCCCACUACGCAGCGGAGGCCGGCAGGCUGGCUGUGCUGCGGCUGCUGCACUCCCUCCAUGCCCCCGUGGACAAGGAAGACUGCUGUGGAGACAAACCAGCGCGCAUCGCUGAAAUAUACGGACACCAGGAUUGUGUUCGGUUCCUUAAAAAGUGUAUCUGCUGCGGUCUUGUAUGUUGCAGAGCCGAGAUUGAGUGCCAGGCCUACCGCAAGAUGGCAGCCCAGAAAGGGAUUUCAGUGGACGACACGGACGAGGAGUGGACAGGGCACAGCAAAGAGAGUCAAGCAGAAGGCAAUAAAACAUAGACCAACUCAACAUUGCAUUUCAAGGUAUUAGGUAGAAUUAUCUGCAACUGAACUGAUUAAUAUAUUUUAAAGCAUAAAAAAACAAUACAGCUCAGAUGUUCCUAAUAAAAACUAGUGUGUGAUUAAACAACAAACUGCAGAGUUGAAUUAGAGACUUAAGCAGCGAAAGGAAAGACUGUUGUAACUUCAGAGUAAUUUUCACUUCUUCAAAGAGGAGUCCAUCUUUGUGGUGCUCUCGCUGAAGGAUGCUGGAGCCUGCAGAGCAGGAAGUGGACAAAAUUAAUCAGCAGUACUUAGCCAGUGGUUUACAAAUGAGUAAGUCCAGUUUUAGGGCACUUACUUUUUUUCUGAAACGACUGAGCACUGUUUCACGAACCUGUCAAAAUUUGAUAUAGAUAUUUUCCUUCCGUUAUAUUUUUAAUACACUAUAUUUUGACAUUGCAUUAAUUCGUGCCAGAGCUGAAUACAGAGAAAUUUCACAUUA